CGAACGCGUCCGAAUACUCUAGAGCUUCAACUGAGGCUCCAAAACCGAAGACGGAGCAAAGUAGCACCAACUCUCACGUGGAUGAAAGCCCGGCACCUACCAGAUUCCCCAAGACUACACCCAGGCCAAGGGAAAUGAGCUUCGCAAUCGAGGCUCCCGGGGAGGCCACCCCUCUCAGCCUCCAGGAGCUGUGCACGAAGCUCGAGCUCGCAUCAUGCUCUACCGACCAAACCCAGCGAUUAGCUGCUGAUCAGCAGCUCAAGGCCUGGGAGACGUAUCCGGACUUUUAUCCUCACCUCCAGACCAUAUAUCUCGAAAAGUCUAUCAACCGCCAGGCCCGCUUCCUCGCCAUUAUCCUCCUCAAAAACGGCAUCGACAAGUUCUGGCGCAACAUCUCGACCAAGUCAACCAUCCGCCCUGAGCAGAAGAACAUAAUCCGGUCGAGGCUCCUCCAGGGCUGUGUGGAGGAGGAUGAUAAAGGUCUCGCCGUACAGAGUGCCCUAGCGGCGGCCAAGGUCGUUAGGAUAGACUACCCCGCCGAGUGGCCUUCCGCCUUCGCCGACAUGGCCGGGUUCGUUCGCGCAUUCAAGACCGGCAGGCAAGCUCAGCUUGCCGCUACCCUGCGUGUUCUGCUGCGAGCCGUCAAAGAACUAGCUACGGCCCGACUCCGCAAGUCACAGACUGCCCUGCGCGAUGCUACCCCUGAGCUAGUCCAGCUGCUGGGCGAAGUCUACUCCGAGCAGGUCGCCUACUGGCUCGAAUUCCUAACACGUGGGCGUGGUGACGAAGACGCUGCCGACUAUGCCAUGGAGAACAGUUUAUUCUGCCUCCGGACCUUGCGGCCACUCGUCACAGUCGGCUAUGACAGUCCGCACAGAGAACAGCUCGUGGUCGAGUUCUGGAAUAUAACACAGAACCAGUUUGGUCAGUUCCUGGGCCUCGUCAGCCACGACUCGGCCGUUCCAGCGCCAUACCAGGAGACAGUAGGCAAGCACCUGGUCCAGUUCACCAAGCUGCAUCUUGAGGUGUGCGAAUCGCUUCCAACCAGCUUUGCGCUCCUUCCAAACUCUAUUCAGCUCGUUCACGCAUACUGGGACCUCGUCGCCAAAUUUGCUGAAGUUUUUGACAAAUCUGGCGGCAAGCCGUCGGGCGAUGACGGUAGCGGCGCUUCCAAGUCCAAGGUCGAGGGCCCACUGCUGGAGAAGUUGACUCUCAAGGGACUGCUUCUCCUCAGGAACUGCAUAUCCAUGGUCUUCAAACCCCAACAAACAUUCAAAUACAGGAGCGCCGAGUUCCUCAAGGAACAGGAACAGGCACAAGAAACGGUCAAGACGCAGCUUCUCACCGACCGGUUCGUCGCUCAGAUCGUCGAUGUGGUCAUUACAAAGCUUUUUGUGUUUCGCAAGACGGACCUAGAGGCCUGGGAGGAGGAUCCGGAAGCCUGGGAAGCGCAGGAGCGCGAUUCGGGCGAUGCCUGGCAGUUUGAAGUGCGACCCUGCGCCGAGCGUGUUUUCCUCGACCUGCUGGUUCACCACAAACAGAUGCUAGGCCCUCCCCUACUGAAUUACUUCCAGACUUCCGCCCAGGCCGGCUCAGACAUUGUGACCAAGGAGGCCGUGUACACGGCUAUGGGCUGCGCUGCUCCGACGGUCUAUGAGGUCUUUGACUUCGAUUCGUUUGUGACAAGUACUCUAGUCCAGGACAUCCAGCUUCAAGGUGACCUGGCGAAGCUACUUCGACGGCGUAUUGCCAUUCUCCUGAGCCAAUGGGUUCCGAUCAAGAUGACGGAUGCGACGAGGCCAACAGUGUUCGAGAUAUAUCGCCACCUGAUGAACCCAGAAGACGAAAGGCACAAUGACCUGGUAGUCAGGAUCACGGCGGCGCGGCAGUUAAAGAAGAUUGCCGACGACUUCGAAUUCAAGCCCGAGAUAUUCCAGCCGUAUGCCUUCGAGAUCCUCACGCGACUGGUCAGUCUCCUGACGGAGCUCACCCAAGACGAAUCUAAGCUGGCCGUGCUCGACACGAUUCGGGUUCUGGUUUCCCGCAUGGAUUCUUCGGCCAGACAGGUGGGCGAUGCAUUGAUGGAGACACUACCAAAGCUGUGGGCCGAGGCAGGGGAGGAAAGCUACAUGCUCAAGCAGUCGAUUCUUGCCAUCUUGUCGACGCUGGUGAACUCGGUAGGCGCCGACUCACAGCGGUACCAUCCCUUCAUGGUGCCCUUGAUCGCUCAAGCGAUGGAUCCGUCAUCAGAGAUUCACAAAUUCCUCGUUGACGAGGCUACUGAGGUGUGGAAAGCCACCAUGACACAGUCCUCGCCGCCCGUAUCUCCGGAACUGAUGGCACUUGAGCUUGUGGGGCUUCCGUUCAUUUCAUUCGACAGCCCCCUUUCACAGGAGCUCGUCCACAUUGUGAAAUCGUACAUCCUUCUUGCGCCAGAGGGUAUCCUUGGGGACCAGUACCGGCGGCCGACGCUGACGGCGCUCAGGUUAGCUGUUGAGUCUAAAAACAAGGACCAGGUCCACCACGCUGUCCAGGCGCUGGAUUACAUGCUCCGAGCCGCCCAGGAGCUCGGAGGCUCUGUGGGCUUGACGGUACUGGUGAAGGAGAUGCUCGAAAUCGGGCUGCUUCAACUGGUACUAGAGGGCCUGCACGAUGCGUGGGAGUGCCAUCAGACAACCGGCCCGCAGCGCCGAAAUCCCAAGCUAAGCCCUCUCAAGGAAGCGCACUAUCUUUCGCUCCUGGCCCGUAUUACGCUUGGUGAGCCGCAAGCGCUGGUCCACCUGAUGUCGGUCGCGGGCGAUGUCGCGUCAGUCUGGGCAUGGCUUAGCGCGGAGUGGUUCGAAUCGUUCGAUAUGAUGGCUGAUGCGGAGCGGCAGAAGCUGUCGUGCCUGGCGCUGACACGGCUUUGCGAACUGGCGGCUGCAGGACCAGGCGCUCCGCCGGGCUUGCUGGAGCUGGUCCUUUCCAAGCUGCAAGACUACUUUUCCAUGUGGACGAUGGUGGUAACCGAGGUCCAAGGAGGGGAUGCGUCAGCUGCCGACACGCUCGUCUGGGAGGGGUCGCCCGAGUCUAACGCGAGCGAGUUUGACACACCGCAAGAUGUGCGUGAGAGGGCUUUCGCGUGGAGGGACCAGAUCCGCAAAGAGCACACCUUCAAUUUCAUCAAGCCAAGGCUCCAGGCGCUCGUCCAGGCCACCGGUGGCGAGGCCGCCUUCGAAUCACAGUGGGCCGUCAACGUGGAUCGAGAUGUUCUUGUCGGCUUCCAGAGGUUGUCAACGCCGGGUGGCGGACAGGCCUGAGGGCAGUGGCCUCGGAGGGAAAUGACGGUACUGGAGAGCAGCGGAAGCGGACAUGGCAUAUCAGAGACCAUGUUUCAUCUAUGUAUUCCCCGUUGUAAUCGCAGUCAGGAUCGCCAGGGUGCCGCCAUGUUUAUCUGUUUUAUACCAGACGGGCAAUGUUUGUGUAUACAGAAGCCGCCCGGCGUCCUACAGCUUUGCCUCAUCGCCCUGGGGGACGGUGAUGAUAACCUUGCCCCACGUCUCCCUUCCUCCCAGAGCUUGGAGGGCCGCCGGGACAGCCUCGAGCCCGACAAACUCCUUGUCGGUGAAUUCGGUGCCCCUGAACUUGCCCUGGCGGAUGAGGUCGCGGAUGCCGUUCCAGACCUCGGUGAUGGCGGCGGGCUCGUUGAUGGUGUAGGCACCCCAGUGGAUGCCGACGAUGGAGAUGUUCUUGAGCAGGACCUUGUUCAGGGCCAGCUUCUCGAUGGUGCCUGCGGCGAAGCCCACGACGAGGAUGCGGCCGUUCCAGGCGACGCACUUUGUGCUCUUGUCCACCAUGCCCACGGGGUCGUAGACGAUGUCGACGCCGCGGCCCUUGGGGGUCAGCCUAUUUGGGCACCACGUUAGACUUUGUUGCAUCAUGUCUUUUGUGUAGAAAGGACAAAAAUGGCAUGUGCGGGUAGAAGUAGGUAGGUAGGCAUGCUCACUUCUUGACCUUGGCCGGCCAGUCCGGGUCGUUGUAGUCGACCACGUGAUCGGCGCCAAACGCCUUUGCCACCUCGAGCUUGCGCGCGGUGCCGGCGGUGGCGAUGACGACGGCGCCCUUGGCCUUGGCGACCUGGACGGCGGCCAGGCCGACGCCGCCGGCGGCCGCGUGAACGAGCACGUGGUCGCCAGCCUUGACGCCCGCGCGCACCACGAGGGCGCCGUAGCUGGUCGGGGCCGUCACGAAGAGGCCCGCGGCGUCGCGGAAGGACCAACCCUCGGGCACGGCGAGCAGGGAGGCCUCGGGCGAGCACACCUUUGUCGCGUAGGCGCCCUGGCUGGCGCCGAAGACGCGCGAGCCGACGGGGAACCUGGGCGGCCGGCCGUCGACGGCCGAGGGGGCGGCGAGGACGACGCCGGCGAACUCGGAGCCCGAGAUCCAGGGGAAUGCUGGAUUGGGUUGGAGGUUAGUUCGAGAUUAGAAUGUGCCAGCCAGUCGAGCAGUCAUGCCAGAUGAAAAGAUGGGCGGAACCUACGGGGUUGGUUUUGGUAUUUCCCUUGGAUUUGCAGGAUAUCAAAGAAGUUUGCCGCGGCGGCCUGUGCAUAUGGGGAAUGGUGAGCGCAGUUCUGGACGAGGCAAAUCGUGGGAAAUAAGAUGCCAAUGGCCGACUCACAUGGACUUCUAUCAAGUAUUGACCCGGCCCAGGGACGGAGUCUGGAAGGUCGGUCACCUUGAGCUCUUGCGGCCCCUGAAGGACGAUGUUGUCGUCGUCGUCAGCUUCAAUGCCCGUGCCGAGGCUGUCUUGAAUGAACAGCUGGGCCUUCACGCCAUUCAGGCACCAUCAUGGAAAGCUGGGAGUCAUUACCUUGACAUAUUCUCUCAGCUGAAUUCCGCGCAUUUUGGCAAUGAGAUACUGAGACUGGAGACUAUUUGAACCGAAAACACGCUCGCUCAAAAUGC